AUGGCUACGUCGCAGUCAAACAAGACGCAGCGUCAUUGGCGUGUGCUGCGAAAUGCGCUAUUGCGCUCAACGCCCAGUCGAGCUUCAGCAUCAGUGGAUGCGACAGGGACCACAGCAUCGUCCAUUGCCACCGAGUUCUUCCCGCUAGUAUUUGUGCACGAGAAACGAAAGGAUGCGAAGCGUGUAACUAUCGCGGAGUUGAUGAGCCACCAGGUGAACCAGGGUGUGGAUAAUACAGGAAACAUUCGGACAUGGCCGUCCGAGCAGAUCCUGUUGUACUUCAUGCUCUCGAGUGGUGUUUGUUCGCAGGUUCAACGCCAAGGAACUGAAGGUGAUUUGUUACCUGUUUCGUGCUGCGAGUUGGGCAGUGGUAUGGCGGGUCUGGCCAGCUUAGGACUGUUGGCUUGUGAUCCUGUCGACUUUGAGCGCGUCAUUAUGACAGACGGUAAUCCGCUCUCCGUGAAGAACCUGCAGCUAUGCGUAGAAGAGAACAGGGCGCAGCAAGUAUUCUCUGCUCGUGCUCACUGCACGAAAGUCACGGCGGAGCUGCUGCGGUGGGACCGUAACGUCACUUUGCCUGAAGACUUGCAGCACCAGUUCGACCUCGUAUUCGCCAGCGACUGUCUAUUCUUCGAGGAGUUCCACGAAGAUCUUGCAUGCACCAUAAAGAGUCUUUUGCGCCGUGGCUCCGGACGCUGCCUGCUCUUACAGCCAAGCCGCAAUGGCUCCAUGGAGCGCUUCUGCGUCAUUGCCGAACGUCACGGCUUCGCCAUUCGCCAGUCCCGAGACUUCGAACCCAGUAUCGUCCGCAAGCACGAAAAAUACCUGCAAUCACGACCAGAUUACGUGCCUGAUGUACAUUUCCCGGUGCUGCUCACACUCACAAUAGCCACGUCAUAG